AUGUGUCCCGUUAACCCGUUGCUGCCUUUAUGGUCCCCGAACAUAAAGCACCCGCAGCUGUUUCCGUCACAUAUUGCCUUUGUGCAUGCCAAGCACGGAUGUACAAGAUCCCCAAUUCCAGCACGAUGGGUGGUGGGUCGCUUUCAGACAUCCCAGCUCUCUCCCCUCUUAAUCCGCACAGACAGCUUCUUCGGCAAUGGCAGAAUGCGCACGACCUUCGGUGGUGUUCCGUUCGCACCGAGGAAGCACUGCGUCACUCUCCGUCCACUUGCCGUUUGCUGUGGCCAUUUCCAUUAUUACCUGUUUUUCUUUCUCAGACGGUGCCAUCUCCAACCUGGCAGCCGCAGCGCCUCGCCUCGAAGAUGCGUGGGGGCGAGAUUCUCCGAGGACGUUCUGCUUGCAACGCCCCUCAUGCAGCAGGCGGCCCCACGUGCUUAUCAGCAUGUGUCCCACGAACUUGGAUUCCCUGCCACACACACGGAGAAGAAUGGUGCGCGUGAGACAAAGGGACGGGCCCUCCCAACCACCAGCAACCGCCACCCUUGGGAUCAGCGAGCCCUUCUGGGGAUCGCUAGCGAUGGCUGCCGAGUUGUUAUCAGGUCUGUGCUAUCGAAAAAGAAUAUGAGGUUCGAGUCUCCUUCUUCAUCUGGAUGGGAAUGUGACAAGAAGGAUGCAAAGCGCGGCUGGCGCCUGUCUCCGAAUUCGUUGUCCCAGCUCACAGUGAACGCUCAGCACGCAGCGACCCAGCAGACGGGUUCUGUGCGACUCCAACAGUGGCUCAGAGGCUUCGCCGCUCUUCUCAGCUCACCUCACUUCGACAGCAUCGAGAAUAGAAAUUGCAAACUGCCAUUUGUCGCACGUAUGGGGCGAUCCGUCGCCACGGGUCCGUCUUACUGUGCCCUUGCGGUCCGCAACACGAUAGCAUGGCCCGCCCCGGACCGCCUGCACGCAAUCUCUAGAAGUGACUUCGGGUCUUGUAACCCCCCCUCACCAGGCAUCGGUGACGUCUACGUCAGCGCUUCCCCGGCCUUACCGCGCCGGCCGAAUCGUCCAAGGGCGAAGCGCAUUGCUUGUGCGACUGGUGGCUCUAUUCACGAGGACCGCCCGCGCAACCCCGAGAUGGGAUCAGUAAAUCGUAGAUCGGGUCUAGCACACCUACGCAUGCGCCCGUGCGACCUUCCUAGAGCUGGCUCCACUCAGCUCCGCCUAUUCCACCUUCCCUUCCUCCAACUGUCUCAGUCCCAUCUCAAUCAAAAUUCCCGUCUCGAACUCGCGUCGAAUUCCGCGAUUACCAGUACCACAAACUCCUCUACCCCCUCUAGGCAGGCCAGCACGGCACGCUCCUCCCCCCCUCUUCCACCUCACCGCUCCUUCCUUGUGACGCUCACCCUAACUCUAGUUUCCCAUUCCAAAUCUACUUCCGUGUUCUCAACCCGCCGUCCCCGUCCCCCGUUCACGCCAUCGCGGUAUCUGACCGACCUCCUCCCCGCCCCCCCACGCAAAAGCGGGUCGGGCCUGCAUCUCACUCACCGCUCACGACGCCCACGUGCCUGUUCAGACGGCAGAGACGAGGGCGGCGUGUGUGCUGGCGACCCGCUUUUCGGACCUCCGCUUUGCGCGCAUGGCGGAGGUCCCUGCGGUCUGCGCGCGUGCUGGAGUUGGGGCGGUAGCAGAGCGGUGGAUACUAGGUUAAGGUAGGCCCCUCCCCACGCGGGUUGGACGAUGGGUGGAAGUGAGGUGGUGGGGAGGCUUAGGAUUGGUUGUUGGGGUAGGGUGGUGGUGAGGAGGGUGAGUCGGAGAUGGAGCGCGGAGGUGUGUUCGAGAUGAGGG